CGGCGGGCCAGGGGACAGCAGCUACGGGGCCCAGGUGUCCAGCAGCAGCCUGGAGACACACGCCUCUCACGAGGCCGAUGCCCAGCCCUACAUGGGGGACGCCAUGGAUGGUGUUGACCUCCUGACGCCCCAGAGCGACCAGCAGGAGUCUGCCCCUAACAGUGAUGAGGGAUAUUACGACUCCACCACGCCGGGGCCGGAGGAUGAGGCUGGAGAGGAGCUCAAGAAGGACCGGCUGCCCCGGGACAGCUACAGUGGGGAUGCACUUUAUGAGUUUGACACCCUGAUGAGCCCCUCUCACGGGGAGGAAUCCCUGUUCGAGGGCAAAGUCCCACGCCAGGGCAUCUUCAGCUACUUCAUGGACUUCUGCCUCCCUGCUGAGAAGAGCCUGAUCCAGCAGAUGAUGGAUCAGAAGAGAGGGCUGAUGGACAGCGAAGAGGAGGGGCUUGCAGCCAUUCAGAAAGAGCUGCUGUACUGGGAGCUGCAGAGGGAGCCCGUGCUGAAGCGCCUGGAUGUGUCCAGCAAGGAGAAGUGUCCCCGGGAGAAGCAGUGCAUUGAAUGUAAAACCAGAGCAGCCAGCUCCACUGGCAGGAGUCAGAGUGGCCUUGGGAGUGAGCAGGUGCCCUCACACACCCCAGGCCGGGCUGUCAAUGGUGGGGUUGCAGUGGCUAGGGCUGAAAAUGCAGAGUGGAGGGAUUUUCCAGGGACUCUGUGUCUGGAAAACUGCUACAACAGCCAAAAAGCCCCUGGAAGUUGCCUUAUUCAGCUCACAAAGAACAACCCGGGCUUCGAUGCAGACCUGGACUGUGGGAUGUUUGGGGACCCCAUCCAUGGCAGCAAGGCAGGGCUGUUCCCUGGGUUCAGGCUGCCCGAGCAGGAGCACGGUGCUGGAGCAGAGCCUGGUCCUGGUGAGCCCCAGGUGGGCAGCGAGCCCGAGCACGCUGUGAACUUCUCCCAGGCUCUGGUGGAGUUUGCCAGCAGCGGGACCCUCUUCUCCAGCCUCUCUGAGAGCCUGGGCAGCUCGGCCUCCAGCUCAUCCUUCACCCAGAACCUCCCUGCCCUCCCCACCAUGGUCACCUUUGAUGUGGUGGACGUGGAGCAGGACGGGGAAGGGGAGUGUGAGCAGCACCCGGAGCUGACGGCGGGCGAGGACAUCGCCGAGGCCUUUGACGAUGGCUACGGACAGAAAGAGUCCUUGGCUGAAUGUGACGAGAGAAUGUCCCUGGCCUUCUCCCCGGGCUCCUUCCAGAGCUGCAACUGGGGCGUGGCCA